AUGGCACCCAAAAACAAAGGCAAAGGCAAAGGCAAAGCAAAAGACAGCUCAGAAAGCGGCGAUGUUGGCGGCAAGGGUAAAGGCCUCAAGCCCGCCAACUCCAUCAACGUCCGCCACAUUCUUUGCGAAAAACACUCUAAGAAAGAAGAAGCUCUCGCAAAGCUGAGAGCGGGCGCCAAGUUCGACGAAGUCGCGAGAGAAUUCUCUGAAGACAAAGCUCGACAAGGCGGAUCUCUAGGCUGGAAGAUCAGAGGCAGUCUCGACGCCGCGUUUGAGAAGGCCGCAUAUGACCUGGAGCCCAGCACGACAGCUAGUCCCAAAUAUGCAGAGGUAAAAACGGGCUUUGGCUAUCACAUUAUCAUGGUAGAAGGCAGGAAGUGA